AUGGAUGAAUAUAAACAAGAUCCGAUGGUCCAUUUGGAGCUGACUGGGAAUGCAGGCCUGGUUCUUCGGCGACCGUUCGAUCCUACUGCACACGAUCUUGAUGCAUCAUUCCGCCUAACCCGCUUUGCCGAUCUGAAGGGCCGCUGUUGCAAAGUGCCGAAGGAGGUGCUGGAAAAGUUGGUAUCGUCGUUGCAACAGGACUACAUGCAGGAUCCGGAACAGCCCUUCAUGCCGAUGACUUCGCCUCGCAUUGGCAUUGGGCUGGACUGUUCGGUCAUUCCAUUGCGGCACGGUGGGCUCUGUAUGGUGCAGACAACGGAUUUCUUUUAUCCGAUCGUAGAUGAUCCGUACAUGAUGGGCAAGAUCGCGUGCGCCAACGUGCUAAGCGAUCUGUACGCCAUGGGAGUCACGGAGUGUGACAACAUGCUGAUGCUGUUGGCCGUUAGCACGAAAAUGAUCGAGAAAGAGCGAGACGUUGUCAUUCCGUUGAUAAUGCGUGGUUUUAAGGAUUCUGCCUUGGAAGCGGGAACGAGUGUGACUGGCGGUCAUAGUGUGGUCAAUCCGUGGUGCACCAUUGGUGGAGUAGCCACCACGAUUUGUCAGCAGAACGAAUUCAUCGUGCCAGAUAAUGCCGUAGUGGGUGACGUGCUGGUUCUGACCAAAGCUCUCGGAACGCAGGUCGCAGUAAAUGCGCACCAAUGGUUGGAUCAAUCCGAACGGUGGAACCGCAUUAAGCUCGUGGUAUCGGAGGAAGAUGUACGGAAGGCGUAUCACCGCGCCAUGGACUCGAUGUCCCGACUCAACCGUGUCGCUGCACGGCUCAUGCACAAAUACAAUGCGCACGGUGCCACCGAUGUGACCGGGUUUGGACUGCUCGGUCAUGCCCAGACGUUGGCAUCCCAUCAAAAGAAUGAGGUAUCGUUCGUGAUUCAUAAUCUGCCAGUGAUUGCGAAGAUGGCGGCCGUUGCCAAGGCGUGUGGAAAUAUGUUCCAACUGCUGCAAGGCCACUCGGCAGAAACAUCCGGUGGACUGUUGAUCUGUUUGCCGCGUGAACAAGCCGCAGCCUAUUGCAAGGACAUAGAAAAGCAGGAAGGAUGUCAAGCCUGGAUCAUCGGUAUCGUCGAGAAGGGUAGCCGCACGGCACGAAUCAUCGACAAGCCGCGAGUAAUCGAAGUACCGGCGAAGGAUUAA